ACCUAGUGGCGUUCAAUAAGGUCGGCUGCUGGCAAAUUUUUCCGACUUCGAAUUCGAAACGAUUUAUUUAUCAAAAUUAUUAGAAGCGUAUAAAAGUAACUUUCGUAUAAAAUACGGCUAAUUAGUCACUAACUGUCAAAUAAGGUCAGACAUUCAGACAAAGGACAAUGCUACGCUCUCUUUCUGCCACACGACAUGAAUUGGGCGCACUUCGUGCCGUCUUCCUUCGCUCGCAGGUGUCGCGACGUGGAUUCAACGGCGGAUUUCGGGCCUUGAGCAGUCAGCGAUGCUUGCUUGGAAUCAGAACAACACCUAAUGGAAUACCGAUUCUCAGCCGACCCCAAAUAUUGUCCACAUGGAAUUGCAAUUUCGCCCGCGCCUACGCCAACUUGCCGGAUCACAUACGUGUCCCACUGCCAGCACUGUCGCCAACCAUGGAUCGUGGCUCGAUUGUCAGCUGGGAGAAGAAAGAAGGCGACAAGCUAAAUGAGGGUGAUCUGCUGUGCGAGAUCGAAACGGACAAGGCCACCAUGGGCUUUGAGACGCCCGAGGAGGGUUAUUUGGCCAAGAUUUUGGUGCCUGGCGGCAGCCGGGAUGUGCCCGUUGGCAAGCUGGUCUGCAUAAUUGUCCCCGAUGAGGGUAGCAUAGCUGCCUUCGCAGAUUUCAAGGAUGACUCUCCCGCUGGAGCUCCGGCGCCUGCUGCUGCUGCUGCCGCUCCACCACCACCACCGCCAGUUGCUGUCCCAGUUGCUGCCCCAGUUGCUGCAGCGCCAGAACCACCACCAGCCGCCGCUCCAGGUACCGCUACCGCGCCAGGCGGUCGUGUCUAUGCAAGUCCAAUGGCAAAGAAAUUAGCCGAAACUCAAAAGAUGCGCUUACAAGGCAAAGGUUCCGGCGUCCAUGGCUCACUUAAAUCUGGUGAUCUUGCAGCCUCGCAGGCGGCUGAACAGCCUUUGGCCCAUCCGCCGGCCGCCGCGCCCGGUGCCCGCUUCAAGGACAUCCCCCUGACGACCAUGCGCAGUGUCAUCGCCAAGCGUCUGCUGGAGUCCAAGCAGAAUCUGCCACACUACUAUGUAACCGUUCAGUGCCAGAUCGACAAGUUGAUGGAGUUCCGCGCCCAUGUGAACAAAAAGUAUGAGAAAGAGGGUGCCCGCGUCUCCAUCAACGAUUUCAUUAUUAAGGCUAUUGGCAUUGCUAGUCGCAAGGUGCCCGAGGCGAACUCAUCUUGGAUGAACACCUUUAUAAGGGAGUAUGACGAUGUCGAUGUAUCUGUUGCGGUCUCCACGGACAAGGGUCUCAUUACGCCCAUUGUCUUUGGUGCCGAUCGCAAGGGUGUGCUGGAGAUCUCGAGGAAUGUUAAGGAGCUGGCGGGUAAGGCACGCGCCAACAAGUUGCAGCCACAAGAAUUCCAGGGCGGCACCAUAUCUGUGUCCAAUUUGGGCAUGUUCGGUGUCAAUCAAUUCUGCGCCGUUAUCAAUCCUCCGCAAUCGUGCAUCCUGGCCAUUGGUACAACAACGAAAAGUCUGGUUCUGGCUCCGGACAGUCCCCAGGGUUUCAAGGAAGUUAAUAUGCUGACCGUAACGCUGAGUGCCGAUCACAGAGUUGUUGAUGGCGCCGUGGCUGCCGUUUGGCUGAAGCACUUCCGCGACUUCAUGGAGGAUCCACAGACAAUGAUUCUUUAAGACGUGUAAUUUUAUAUAUCGAAAAGCCGAUCGCCAUUGUUUCAUCGAGCGAAAAGGUCCCAGGCUCAAGUUCAAAUCCCGGCUAAAGAUAUUGGAAUAGUUUCAGUGUUAUAUAUGUAUAUAUAUAUUUAUAUAUAGAUAUAUAUAUAUAUAUAAAUUUGUAUAUUUUUAAUUGGUUGCUGCUGCUGUUGUGUCUUGGCCUAAAUUAUGUUUUCACUGCUCGACUCAUAGCGCCAUAGUUUCUAGCCGAAUGAUAUUCGAUAUGAAUUUUACUCAAGUCACAUUUAACAAGCAUAUAAAUAUAAAUUAAAUGUAUGCCUAAACUCAGUCAUUGGUCAUAACAGUAGCCUUGAAGUAUCUGGAACGGUUAAAUAAAUAAAGCACAUGUAUGUAGUCCCCUAUUCUUAAA